AUGGUUCUUGAUGGGAUUGUAUCUUCACCGUUAAGGAGACCGCAGUGUCUAAAGAAGCAGUGGGAAGAGUUGGGAAGCUGCUCCACGGUUAUUCAGAGGCAUCGAUAUCUCUUAACAGCCUUGCUUCUUUUGGCAUUCCUCUGCUCUGUUUAUCUCUACUUUGCAGUCACUUUAGGUGCUAAGCACUCAUCGUGCCAUGGCUUGACCGGGAAAGAGAAGGCAAUGUGUCAGUUACAACAUGUCCAAACUAUCUCCAAAGGGAAACUCAAAUUCUUCUAG